AUGGUGAGCUCGCGGGUGUGUGCGGGGCGGCCGGCGGGGUCCGGGCUGCGGGCCGCGGGGCCUCGGGCUCCGGGCUGCGGGCCGCGGGGCUGCGGGCGUGACUCUGGGCGUCGCGCGGCGGCCAUUCGCUUGCAGCACGCGCCGCCCCAGGCCCCGCCCGCGCGCCCCGCUGACACACGGCGGCGCUCAGUAAGUUGCGAGUCCUCGCCCGCGGUGCAUGCCUCGCGCGCUCCACUCGACCACUUGUAUUGCAGAUGCGAGCCCGCUGCCGCUGAAAGCAUGCCGGCCGAGGAGGAACCCGCGGCGAUGGACGGCAGGGAGGCCGCCGACGGCUCGCCCCAGCAGUUCUGUCUAAGGUGGAACAACUACCAGACCAAUCUGGCCAACUGCUUCGACCAGCUGCUCCAGACCGAGUCCUUCGUGGACGUCACGCUGGCCUGCGAGGGUCAGAGCCUGAAGGCGCACAAGGUGGUGCUCUCCGCCUGCAGCCCCUACUUCCAGACUCUGUUCAUGGACAACCCCUGCCGCCACCCGAUCAUAAUAAUGCGCGACAUUAAAUAUUGCGACCUGAAGGCCGUCGUGGACUUUAUGUACCGCGGUGAGAUCAACGUGUCCCAGGAUCAGAUAACGGCUCUGCUGAAGGUGGCGGAGAUGUUGAAGAUCAGGGGGCUGACAGACGUGAGCGGGGAGCACGCCGUGCUGAGGGGGGGCGGGGGAGGGAUGGAGGCUCGGGCGGCCAAGAGGCCAGGGAGCCGCGAGGACGGCUCGCCGGGGGAUGCUGUGGCGGGCAAGACGCGGAGAGCGUCCGGGGAGCGCAGCGCGGGGCCCAGCCCGCGGGAGUCCCCUGCAACCACCUCCGACCUGCACGUGCCGCAGGACGCGCCGCCAGCCCUGCACGACGACGUCGACAUCCGCCCCGGCAUCGCCGAGAUGAUCCGCGAGGAGGAACGGGCAAAGCUGCUUGAGAAUUCUCACGCUUGGCUCGGCGCCUCCACAUCUUCGAUCGCAGAUAGCUACCAGUAUCAGCUGCAGUCGAUGUGGCAGAAGUGCUGGAACACGAACCAGAGUCUCGUUCAUAACCUACGGUUCCGUGAGCGCGGACCCCUAAAGUCCUGGCGGCCGGAGACCAUGGCAGAGGCCAUCUUCUCCGUGCUUAAAGAAGGCCUGUCACUAUCGCAGGCUGCCAGAAAGUACGACAUCCCAUACCCGACUUUCGUGCUGUACGCCAAUCGCGUCCAUAACAUGCUUGGGCCCAGCGCUGACGGCGGUGCAGAUUUGAGACCAAAAGGUCGCGGUCGACCGCAGCGCAUUCUGUUGGGCGUGUGGCCCGAUGAGCACAUCCGCGGCGUCAUCCGCGCCGUCGUCUUCAGGGACUCACAUACCCCACACUCGGCGCAUCACAUCAAGGAGGAGGUUCUUCCCGUCUAUCCGUCUAUCACGGAUGGCAUGAGCGUUCAAAACGCCUAUCCCGUGGCGUGUGGAAACGGACGAGAGGGUGGCGUCUCUCCGAACGCUGCCGCCGCGGCAGCCGUGGCCGCUGUGGCGCACGGUCUUCGUCGCCAGAUGUGCAACAUGGUGGUAGCGGCUCAGCGACCUCCCGACCACCCGCCGCACCUCGGCCUGCCACCGCUACCGCUACAAUCCCCGCGCCUGCCGUCUCCGCUCUCCGCUGGACUGGAAUCUCCGCUCUGCUCCCCGCCGCCGCCGGGCCUAGCUCUGGAACCUCCGAAGCCCGCCGAUCCAUUCCGCCCGUUCGCAUCCCCGCGCCCGGAUAGCCGUUACAGUGAGCGCGACGUCGUCUCUGAAAUUACCGAAAUGGGACCGCCCAAGACUCCGGUGUCAGUUGCCAAGAACGGAAAGGACAUGUCAACACCUCUGCCCGUGAAGAUGGAGCCUCCUCCCGCGGAGGCCCGCGCUGAGAACAUCUGA